ACCCCCACCCCCUUCUUCUCCUUUAUAUAGCUUUGCUUCACUUCUAAUCUUCACAAACCUAACACCCUUUUCCCUCUUUUAUACUUCUCUCUGUUUAUUUUAUAUGUAUCUGUUGUUUCUCUGGUGGGUUUCUUGAAAGGAAUUUUUCGCUGUUUUUUUUGGUUCCAGAAAUGGAGCAAGAGGGUGCACUUGUUUUAGCACCGGCACCGGUGGGGCCGGUGCAGCCGGUGCCGCCAGUGGCGCCGAGAAGAGCAGUGGGAGUUUUUUCGGCGACGUCUUUAGCACCGGGAUUCAGGUUUCAUCCAACUGAUGAGGAAUUGGUGAGGUACUAUUUGAGGAGGAAGGCUUGUGGGAAACCAUUUCGAGUUGAGGCUGUUGCUGAAAUUGAUGUUUACAAAUCUGAGCCUUGGGACCUUAGAGAUUAUUCAGCUCUGAAGACCAGAGAUUUAGAGUGGUAUUUUUUCAGCCCUGUAGAUAGGAAGUAUGGGAAUGGAUCUAGACUUAAUAGAGCCACUGGAGAGGGCUACUGGAAAGCUACUGGAAAGGAUCGUCAUGUGAGCCACAAGUCUAAAAACAUUGGAAUGAAGAAAACGCUUGUUUUCCAUAAGGGUCGAGCUCCUGAUGGAGAGAGAACUAACUGGGUAAUGCAUGAGUACAGACUUGACGAUAAAGAAUUGGAGGCAGCUGGAGUUGUGCAGGAUGCCUUUGUACUCUGUCGGAUCUUCCAGAAAAGUGGAUUAGGGCCUCCUAAUGGCGACAGAUACGCACCAUUUAUUGAGGAGGAAUGGGAUGACGACACAGCCCCUCUGGUUGCCGGAGGAGUGACAGAGGAUGGCGUGGCCAAUGGUGAUGAAGCACGAGUCGAGGGAAAUGAGUUUGACCAGGUAAUUCUUUCCUUGUCGCUAACGGUUGGAUGUCCAAAGCAGGAUGUGCGUGGUAAGGCUCCUUGCAUAAGUGAGAACCUGUUUGAGCCUCGAGCUCUUUCGUUUGUUUGCAAGAGGGAAAGGUCAGAGGAUCUCGAACUACUCUCUUUAUCUCAAAGCAAAAGAUCCAAGCAUGAUGAUCCUAGCUCUAGCCAUGCAAAUGGUUCUGAAGAUUCCACCACUAGCCAACAGGAUCCACCAACAAAGACGAUGACGACAACUUACUCCCCUACUCUCUUAACAUUUCCCUUGUUAGAUGAACCAAAAGAAGCUCCACCUACUAACUCCUUUAAUUUUGACUCUUCCAAUCUUGAAAAAUCUGUUCCUCCAGGUUACUUGAAGUUCAUUAGCAAUUUAGAGAACCAGAUACUAAACGUCUCCAUGGAAAGGGAGACUGCGAAGAUUGAAGUGAUGAGAGCUCAAGCUAUGAUCAACAUUCUUCAAUCACGUCUCGAUUUCUUGAACAAGGAGAACGAGGACUUGAGGGGACUCAUUCGACGAGGUUAGAUGGUAACAACAACUCCAAGUAAUGCUAGUUAUGCAGCAACUGUUGGCCGGGCAGAGGGCUCCGUUGUAUCGGAGUCCUCAAUUAGUAGAACUGUCUUUUAAGUUUAGAAGAAACUGAAAAUGGCUGGGCUAUGUAAUAACUUUAUUUACCUAGUUUUGCUAUAAACUUGUACCUAUGAUGCUAUCGACAUAAUGUCGUCUGUUUAACUAGUUAUAAAUAAAGUGCCUUCAGUUGCAAUC